CUGUUGAGCUUUCAAGGGUAAUCGGAGCCGAGUCCGGCCAACCUCGGCAGCUGCCGAUGAGGGAACGCGGCUCUACCUUCCCCAAUUCCCCCCGCUUGCCUUCACUGCUGCUCCCAGCCUUGGGGACCCCUGGGAUCUGGGGACACCGGGCGUGGAGGGCUCUGUGAAGCCGGCGGGCGCUUUGGGCCAUGCAUUCCCACUGAAAAGAAUCAUCGGUGCUUGCAAGAAGUGCUGUGCGCUGGAUCCUGCGGGAAUUUUUUCCCCUCCCUCCUCCAGUCCGCCCCCAUCCCUCUCUUCUGCCAGGCGUGCCAGCACUGCUCUUCAUUUCUGGGAAACCAUGGACAAGAAGCAAGAUUCCAAAGGAUCCUUGGAGCCACACAAACCAGUGAAAGGCAAGAAGAAACGGGAUCUGAGGAUAACAUGUAUCCCCAUCAAACCACCCGCUGCCAACACAACGCCCCCGAGGAACUUGGACUCCAGGGCGUUCAUUACCAUUGGAGAUAAAAACUUCGAGGUGGAAGCUGAUGACUUGGUGGCCAUUUCGGAGCUGGGCCGUGGGGCCUAUGGCGUGGUGGAGAAGGUCCGGCACGCGCAGAGCGGCACCAUCAUGGCCGUGAAGAGGAUUCGAGCCACUGUGAACACGCAGGAGCAGAAGAGGUUGUUGAUGGACCUGGACAUCUCCAUGAGGACAGUUGACUGCUUCUACACAGUCACCUUCUACGGAGCCCUCUUCCGUGAGGGUGAUGUGUGGAUCUGCAUGGAACUCAUGGACACCUCCCUAGAUAAAUUCUACAAGAAAGUACUGGAGAAGAAGAAAACCAUCCCUGAAGAUAUUUUGGGGAAAAUGGCUGUGUCUAUUGUACGAGCUCUGGAGCACCUGCACAGUAAACUGUCUGUAAUCCAUAGAGAUGUGAAACCUUCCAAUGUGCUGAUCAACAAGGAGGGACAUGUGAAGAUGUGUGACUUUGGGAUCAGUGGCUACUUGGUGGACUCUGUUGCCAAGACCAUGGAUGCUGGCUGCAAACCCUACAUGGCUCCAGAAAGAAUAAACCCUGAGCUGAACCAGAAGGGCUACAAUGUGAAGUCAGAUGUCUGGAGCCUUGGGAUCACAAUGAUUGAACUGGCCAUUCUCCGCUUCCCAUACGAGUCCUGGGGGACGCCCUUCCAGCAGCUCAAGCAGGUGGUGGAGGAGCCCUCGCCCCAGCUGCCGCCCGAGCGCUUCUCCAAGGAGUUCGUGGACUUCACAGCGCAGUGCUUAAGGAAGAACCCAGCUGAGCGAAUGAACUAUUUAGAACUUAUGGAACACCCUUUCUUUACCUUGCACGACACCAAAGAGACUGACAUGGCCUCCUUCGUGACAGAGAUCCUCGGGGAAGACUCCUAACUCCCAGCUCCCAGCUUCCUGCAGUCCCUGCAUCCCGGCUUCCCCGCAGGAGAGCGACCGAGGACUCGAGUUCACGGUGGUUUGCACAAAUUGCACCUCCCCGGCCUGGGGGCAUCUCUGGCCCCAUUUGGCCUUGAAAUCUCUUUGCCCAGAGAAAAAAAUCCCCCAGGAGGAGCCUUUUGAAGCCAACACCUUUCCAGUUAAGCCACGGACUCUGAAGGCUUAGGAGGUCCCAGGAGAAGACCAUGCCCACGAUAUCUGAGCGGGCAGAGGGUGCCAGAGGCCACCUCCCCUCCCCAGUACCUGCUGCACAGCGCAGGGGGUUGUUUCUUUGCUGCCUGGGGAAGACAGAAUCAGUGCUGCUGUGCUUCUCCCACUCCUCUCCUGCCUGCACAAAGCCCCUUCCUCGGAGUCUGGUCUCGCUUGCCUUCCCUUUGUACCUGGCUCUCUGCCCCCAGGAGCCCAUGCAGCUUUAGGGGCUUGUGGGGCCCCCUGGGCUGCUGUUCGCACCAGAGGCUGUUUUAAUGCCUGGCUCGACACCUUAAGGACCCUUUGAGGUAGCACCAGGCCAGGCAUCCCUCUCCCUCAAUCAAUGCUGCUGCCUUGGGGGGGAAAAAAGGCAUUUUUCCACAAGCCCACUGUGACACAAGCUACAGCCCACACUGUCCCCACGCCUGCCCAUGGACUUCAUCCAGCAUCCAUCCCUUCCCUCAUGGGCACAAGGUGAGGGAGAGACAGCAGGUCCCCCAUGCUGCCUCUCCUCCCUCCAGCCGUGGGCUGGGAGGACACAUCCCUGCUCCGGGCAUCGCCUUCCGCAGCCCUGGCUGCCUCCAGCUUCCCUGGCUCCUGGAGAGGACGCUGCUCCAUCUGCUUUCCAACCUGGAGCUGAUGUAAGACCUCGCACUGUGACACCUGCUCGUUCCGGAGGCUGAACUCGCACCCCUCGUGUCCCAAACUGUCCCCAAUCCCUGCGGGUGCCAGCGAGAGCCAAACUCCAGUGACUGGCCCGGGGCUGCCGGCAGUUGUACAUUUGAUGUCUAUAUAUAAUGGACUUUGUAACAUGUUUCCUAGGUUUAAUCUAACUCGCUAUAAAUUAAAGCCCUUCUGUGUGGGAGGAGGGAGGAGCAGUUCCUUCUCUGCUGACAAAUCCACUGUGAAAACCUGAUGUGUUUCCCCAUGCUCCCAGCCCGAGGAGCCAGGGGAGCAGGAGGGGUUUCUGGCUUCUACUGUACAUGAUCAUGGAUAAACGCACCGGCUGUGGAUUUUGGUUUUGUUUUGUUUUUUUUUUUUUUUUUUUUUUUUAAAUAAUUGAGUUUUUCCGAAAGAUUUUUUUUUUCUUUUCUAAUAUAUAUUUGUGUGUGUCUAUGUGUGCUCUAUAUAUAUUAUAUAUUUUUAAAUCAAUGCUGAAUGUGUGGAUGUCUAUGUGGCCAGCAGAUCUGGUGGAAUAAUGUUGUUCUGGCUAAAUUUAGGCAGGUGGGGAAAGGGGUCACUAGAAAACACUCUGGCCUAAAAUAACUUUUUUUUUUCUCUUUUUUAAAGAAAUGCAUCUAUUUUUUAACUGAAUCUUUAAAAAAUGUUAUUCCUGAAAUUCAUACCCUGGAGGUCUGGAUUUCAGGGUCAAUUUCCAGUGUGCAGGGUUCCCCUCAAUGAAGAAUGAUGUCCCCUAAUGCAUUAUCCCACCUCCUGCAGUCCAGGGUUUGAUGUGGUGCUGGGCACCCCCUGCCUGGGAACUGGGGUGCUCCACACCAUCUACCCCCAUGAGCUGCUCCUGGGAAAGCUGCUGUGGGGCAAAUGGUUUUCAGUCCUUGGGACAUCACACAGCCGUGCUUUUCCCUGUGCCAUCCCUCUGAUCCCCCUUCCCAAGUUGACAAACCCUGAGAGAACCAGCCCAGGUGAAGCUGUACAAACCCUGUUCAGCUUUAGUUCGACCCUGAUCCCCCAGCCCAACUCUGGAUGGAAAAUAAGGAAGUGAUUGAUGUUCUCCAUGUCUCCCUCAUCCUGUUCUGCAAACCACCCGACACUCACCUGUACCUGCUUGGUUUGCCAGCUUUGCUGCUGCGAUGUACAACUGUAUUUUUUUUUCAUAGUUGGUUACUUUGGAUUAUUUUUGUUUUGAGUUGAGCUUUUGGUUUCUUUUCCCUUCUUUCUUUGUUUCAACCCCUUUUCCCCUUCCUUUAUCUCACCCUUUUUUUGGUGCUUUGGGGAAUGGUGUUCAUUUUUUAAAAUCUGUUUUUGCAUGCUUUUUAUUUUUUUCUGCAUUUCUCCUGGAGAAAGUCCUGAUUUCUUUAUUUUGGGAAAAGGGACCAUCUGCCCUUUCAAAUGCAGGGGUGAUGGCUCUGGGAUGGGCUUGGGCCCCUGUAGAUGUGUAGAGGCUUUCCUGAGGAGGCAAACACACCACACCUCCCUGUGCCAUGUGCUCUGCUUCAUUCAACACAGAUCUUACCUGUGCACAUCCCAUGUCCCUUUUCACCUCCCUGCUUCCCUGUCCCAUCUGGUUCCCUCUGCAGUGGCAGUUCCUUGGGGAGAACCAGCCUGGCUUUAAGCUGGGUGAGGAAGCCCCUCUCCCCUUGUAGUUUUGGGAAUGGUCUGUACCCCUCAACCCCUGUCCUUGUUUCCAAUAAAAUUCACCCUCAAACUCA